AUGCUUCCUCCCAUUGCUAGCACAGUGCGACGAAGCUCGUUACAGCUGAAGGAGGAUACAGAAACUGAGGAGGGUGCCGCUGCUUCCCAAGGCAGUCACGUCUAUAGUGAACGUGACGCGCGCACCAUGCACGCGACCAGUGAGUCCGCAACACCACAAGGGCUGCAUAGACAGCCACUGCCGCCAAGCAGCAGCCAUGCUUUGCCAGUGACUUCUCUAGGGAUGCCACGGCUUAAUUUGUUUUGGCUCAAAAAGGAGCCACCUCGGACGACCCAUAUACGUCAUGAAAAGGAACUUUCAGGAGACAGCAGUGAAGAUUCUGGUUUUAGUCAAGUAGGCAGUGCCUCUCACGGCACUUUAAUGGACGACCGCUACCGUGAGGUGAUCAGCGAUUUGUCACAGACCCAUACACAGGGAAUUGAGGAUACCAAUAUUGCCUCCGGCAACCUAGAAAGCUCCCCAUCUGCACCCUCGAGUUCACCGAGCUCCUCUCAACGGUCCAGCGAAUAUAGCACGCCAAAGACGGAAGGAAGGCAGACACAAGACGGGCAGCACUUAUCCAGACCCAGCAGUGAUAAUCCAUCGCACAGAGACGCUGAACUCUCUCCGCUGUCAAGAGCAUUACAGUCUCUUGACGCCAGCCACCAACAGCAAAUCUCCUCAACGCCAGAGGAGGUUGGCAGCAAGGCGAAGACAGCAGGCCCGCCUCCUGCACGGCCGCCGCCCAAGGCUGCUGCAGCAGAACCCUCGAACGCCGCUCCACCUCCACCGCCAAAGGGAGCAACAGCAACGCCUGCAGACGCAGGAGCAGCACCUUUGACGAAGGAGGAGGCCGAACGUGCUGAGCGUGGAGGUGACAAAGGAGGCAAGGGGGAGGCUGCAAAGGUUGCAGGGAAGGAGAAGACAGCAGGCCCGCCUCCUGCACGGCCGCCGCCCAAGUCUGGGGCAGCAGAACCCUCGAAAGCCGCUCCACCGCCACCGAAAAAGGCAGCAACAGCAACGCCUGCAGACCCAGGAGCUGCAGGGGCGGAGGAGGUUGUGUAUGGCCCUUUGACGAAGGAGGAGGCCGAACGUGCUGAGCGUGGAGGCGACAAAGCAGGCAAGGGGGAGGCUGCAGAGCUUGCAGGGAAGGCGAAGACAGCAGGCCCGCCUCCUGCACGGCCGCCGCCCAAGAGCAGCACCAGCAGCAGCAGCAGCAGUAGCGGAGGAGAUGUUUUAUGGCCCUUUGACGAAGGAGGAGGCCGAACGUGCUGA